AAGUCUUUAUGCCGUUUGGUUGGAAGUAAGUCACCAUGUCGCUUCCAGAGAUGGAUCAAUAUUCAGAUGUCCAGGUUUACUUCACAGCCAAGGAAUGGGCAAAGAUCAGCGUUUAUGAGAGAACAUGUAUCAAGAAUGUCAAAGAAAACUACGAGAUGAUGAUAAAUCUUGGAUUACAGGUAAAUCAACCAAAGUUCAUGCAACGUGUGCAAGUUAUAAAGAAAGAGAUCAAAGAGGAAAGUGAUGGAGGGGAGGAGGAAAUAAAGUCAAGAGGAAUACCUGUGGUAAAUCAACCAAAACUCAUGCAACGUGUGCAAGUUAUAAAGAAAGAGAUCAAAGAGGAAUGUGAUGGAGGGAAGGAGGAAAGAAAGUCGAGAGGAUUAGAUGUCCGUUCAUCGGAGCUUUUGCAGCCUCAGCAAAGUGAAAAGAAACCGAUCCUAAAGGACUUGGGAAAUGGUGAUCUCCUUGAAUCAACAGACUUUGAUAAAUCCAUCCCAUUACAAACCAAUCCAACAUCAUCAGGUGAUCAGGGUAGUCAAUCAGGUGAUCUCAACACCCAGUCAUGUGAUCAGAAGACCAAACUAACAGAGGGAGCUCAAGGAACUGACCAAACCCCCAAGCAGUCCCAGGCAACUUCUUUGGAAGACAAUGGACAAGUAACUGGACAGGGUGGAAAUCUUUCAGGUUCUGGAAUUUGCAGAUGCAAGUACUGUGGAUCACCCUAUGCUAUUCCUCUCAUCUUAGCAAGGCAUCUCAAGUACAAACAUGGUCAUAAUGGUAGUAUUCUGGUACCAGAUUCAUCCCAUUCACGUGUUCUGCAGAUCAUCAAUGGAGAAAUACAAAACCCUUUUGAUAAACCCAAAGAGCCUUCACAUGAUGAAACAGGAAGUGCAAAAAUAGGAAGGAAAACUAAAUAUGUAAUAUUUCUUAGGAAAUCGAGUGAAAAGCAAAAUCAGAAUUCUUACUUCUCCAUACAAUGUGAGAAGGUAGGUAAUCAUCAAGUUGAGGAUUCCACAGCAGGUAAAAGAAUUCAUACAGGUGAAAAGCGCUAUGCUUGUUAUUAUUGUGACAAAGUAUUCUAUGAAGCAAGUGCUCUCAAAGCACAUGUACAUAUCCAUUAUGAAGUGUAUGUGUGUGAUUAUUGUGAUAAGACUUUCAAUUUUGCUUCUGCUCUUAAAGCACAUAAACUAAGCCAUACUAGUGAUAAGGCCUUUGUUUGUGAUUAUUGUAGUAAGGCCUUCCGUUAUGCUUCUGGUCUCAAAGCACAUAAACGAAUCCAUACAGGUGAGAAGCCCUGUGUAUGCGAUCAAUGUGGUAAAGCAUUUAAUAUAGAAGGUAAUCUCAGAAUUCAUAAACGAAUCCAUACAGGUGAGAAGCCCUAUGUAUGUGAUCAAUGUGGUAAGGCAUUUAAAUCACAAUAUCUUCUCACAGAACAUAAACGAGUUCAUACAGAGGAUAAGCCCUAUAUAUGCAAUCAGUGUGGUAAGGCAUUUAAUGAAAGACAGCUUCUAAAGAGCCAUAAACGCAUCCAUAUAGGUGAGAAACCGUAUUCAUGUGAUCAAUGUGGCAAGGCAUUUAAUCGAAAAGCUCAUCUUACAGCACAUGAACGAAUCCAUACAGGUGAGAAACCCUAUGUGUGUGAUCACUGCGGUAAGGCAUUUAAUGAUGGAAGUUCUUUCAGAAAGCAUAAACGAAGCCAUACAGGUGAGAAACCCUAUUUGUGUGUUCACUGCGGUAAGGCAUUUGGUGACAGACAAUGUAUGAGGAAACACGAACAAAUCCAUACAGGUGAGAGAAAUUAUCUCUGUGACCAAUGUGGUAAGACAUUUUAUAGAUCUGAUCGUCUCAAAGAACACAAAAGAAUUCAUGAUUCUGACAAACACUAUGUAUGUAAUCAUUGUGGUAAGUCAUUCACUUGUGCUAGCAGUCUAAAAAGACAUAAUCAAAUCCAUACCGGUGAAAAGCCCUAUGAAUGUGAUUUUUGUGAUAAGGCAUUUCGUCACUGUAGCUCUCUCAAAAAUCACAUUACAACUAAGCACAGGUGGGAAGCCCAUUGCAUGUGAGUAAUGCAGUGAGGCUUUUUUUCUUUCAUCUUUGAAGCAAUCUUAGAGGACACAAAUUCAUACAGUUGAAGAGCCCAAACAGCAACAAUGUGAUCGAUGGGGGGGGGGGGGGGGGGGGAGGGGGGUGAAUGGGCAUUGAAAUCCUAACCAAAGUUAAGUUUUUAAAAUGUCAUAACUUUGAAUGUUUAUAGAUUUUGUUAACGAUACUUUGACAUAAGGGUCAUCGUUUAUCACUGGACAUCCUUUUUGGCUUUCCAGUCACAUGGCUGAGGUCAAAGGUCAAUUAGCGCAAACAAACUUUGGCCAUGUUCGGGUAGUCGUUGAAUCGUCAUUAUAGCUUUGAAAGUGUUUGGAUCUCGUUCAGGAAACUUGGAUAUAAAAGCAACCAACUAUAUCAAACAUUCUGUGCCAAGUUUCAAGUCACAUGACCAGAGUCGAAGCUCAUUUAGGGUCAAUGAACUUUAGCCAUGUUGGGGGCAUUUGUUGAAUUUCUUUCAUAACUGAAAGUUUAUUGAUCUAGUUCAUGAAACUUGCAUAUACCGGUAAGAGUAGUCAAGUAUCACCAAACAUCGUGUGCACGUUUCAGGUCACAUGACCAAGGUCAAAGAUCAUUAGGGUUAACAAACUUUGGCAAUGUUGAGUUCUUUGUUGAAUUGCCAUCAUAAAUUUUGAAAGUUUAUAGGUGUAGUUCAUGAAACUUGGGCAUAAGAGUAAUCAAACAUAAUUGAACAUCCUUCAUUUGUUUCAGGUCACCAAGGUCAAAGGUCAUUGUGGGUCAAUGAAGGCAUAGUUUUCUAUUAUCAUAUGAAUGGUGUUUCUUGUGAAUACUUUUUCAACAGUUCUUAUUCAAAGUCAGCACUGCUGCUAAAUUGAAUCAUGUAGGGAAGGUGAGAGUGCAGAGGCAUUCCUCUUGGUUAAAGAUAAAUGCCAGUUGUGGUAACGGUCUCAAAAUGACUAUUUACAGAUUCUAAUAUAAUGAACACCUAAGUGUCUGUUUGUAUGAAUAAAAAAAUUUGGGCCAAAGGAUUCUGGAAGAAAUUGUGUAAUUGCUGAGAAAUAAGCAAAAUAAGCGCGGAUUUGGUCACUUCCGUCGGGUCUUUAUUCCAGCAAUAACAGUAUACACUGCCCCACAUGUAUUUAUCUGUGUUGGCGGUCUUCAGUGUGAUCGUAUUUCAGCUUAGAUUUUAUGAUUUCACAAAGUUCAGUUUAUGUAACUGUACCAGAUCUAGAUCCUCGAUGAUAUAGUCAUACUUAACCUUGGUUUUACAGACUUUCUCACGAAAUUAGUGUUUUACUGCAACUACUGUAAUUUAGCUUUAAUGUUUACAUGCAAGACUCCGACAACCCAGAAGGAAACUGACCAGUA